CAGUUCCCAUCGCUGCAAAAAGCGACGGACGCUGCAUCUCACUGAUUGCGGAAGCGGUUGUAAGCAGCGCGCGCCGGGCCAGGCCGUCAAACAGCGGUUACCCCGGGUAACGGGAGCCGGAGCCGGGCCGAGGGUGCGCAUGGACUGGGUUCCAUGGUGACCUGGCGGCUGUUGCAGCGGCUGAUGAGGAGCCAGGUAGCGGUGGCGGCGGGCGGUGAGCAGCCCUGGGCCCCGGCCCGCUUGCUGUGGCUGCCCGCGGCCGGGGUUGCUGCGGGAGCCGGGCCUAUUCCCAGGCCGCAGCCUCGGGCCGGAGUAGGAGAUUGGAAAGAGGUCUUAACAGAGACUGCAAAGGUUCUCCAGUGUGGUCGGGUAGUGGCAGUUCCUACAGACACAAUCUAUGGAAUCACCUGCCUUGCGCAGAAUUCUGAAGCCAUCCGAAGGAUUUAUGAAAUCAAAGGACGGAAUGAGGAUAAGCCUUUAGCUAUUUGUGUUGGAAAUGUCGAAGAUAUAUAUAAGUACUGUAAGGUCACUGUUUCUGAUCAGGUAUUAAGAGAUCUCCUGCCAGGACCUGUAACAUUGGUCUUCCAGCGGUCAGAUGAGCUGAACAAAGAUUUGAACCCUUUCACUGAUUUGGUGGGAGUACGUAUUCCAAAGCAUCCAUUUAUUCAGAAGUUAGCACAGAUGUGUGGUGAACCUCUGGCUUUGACAAGUGCCAAUCUCAGCUCUCAAUCUAGCACACUAACCACAGAGGAAUUUCGGGACCUUUGGCCUUUGUUGGGUCUAGUUGUUGAUGGUGGACCUAUUGGCAACAUGAUGAACCCUGAAUGUCGGUUGGGAUCAACAGUAGUUAACUUGGGCACACCUGGAAAAUACAGCAUCAUCAGGACUGGUUGUGCAUUUGAUGCUACCGUGGAAAUUCUCCAGGAUAAACAUGGCUUGUCCUUGCAGUCAUACAACUGACAGAAACUUCAUUGGAUGCGGUUUCUUUCCUCCGUACAAAACAAAUCUCUCAAUACAUAGGACUCAGUCUUGCAUCUUUGUCUCUAUCUGUUUUUAUGGGAAGGGUUGAUUCCUGAGAAAACUCGUCUGUCCCCCGUCUUGUAUUGGCUAUGUUGUACCCACUGAUGGAUUUUCUGUUGCAGGUUUGCCCUGCUUUUAUUCUCCCACAGCACAGUUUAGAGAAGAGAAGGCCUGUUCCAGGAGAAAUGCAAGUCAUGGUCUGAGAAAUUGUGCAUUCUCGGUGUGCACCGAUCCUGCUAUGACGGGAAAUCUGCUAAAUUAAGUUGACCAAGACUCGGCUAUAUUUUGGAAGUUGCACUUUUGUUCAUCACUUCCUAAUUUUCUGGGAGACUUUUGUGAGACAUGACUGUCAUCUUUUGUGCAUUGUUCUACUAUGUGACUGCUGGUGUGAAGUCCUGUGCUGCGGAGCUUCCAAAGCUCACUCUUUCACAUUGUAUUGCUUCAAAAUAAGUUAGGAAAUAUUAAACAGGAGCUCAGUUUGAACAUU